AUUUUUUUUAUACUCCAAAUACCACGAAGGCCUAAGACCUAAGUACCCAUUGGGUACCGUGGGGCUAUAGGGGGAUACAUGCGAAAGGGGGGAACGCCACACGGACUCUGGCGAGGGAACACGUACGCAUGCAACAUGCACGUAUUCUGGCUCCGCCUACGAGAUCCGCCGGGUGGUACCUCCGCGUUCGACAGUCAGAGACCAUCUACCACCUACAAAAGAUGAAGAAGAAGAAAUAAGAAGAAAAUGGAAGUCCUUGUAUUUUGAAUUUGACUGGUUCUACAGCACGGGAUGUACGCGUAAAAAUUCAAUUAUUUUUUCAUCAUUCAUGUCUUUGACCAAUUAUAUCAAAAUAUUCACCAAAUUACAUAAAAACACGGCCGUGAAAAUCGAAAAAUAUCGUUCCAAAACAAUGCGACGAUCACGGUACAGCGUCAUUGA